GCUGAAAUCUGUUGUCACGCGUACAUUUCAGAAUAGGCAUUACACGUCGUCCUUUUCUGUGGGUUCUAUAAACACAUCGAAAAGUUGCUUGUUCUGCGUCUUUGAGUUCAAUUAUGUAAUUAGGUUGAUAAUCACUGUGACGGAAUUUAACUGCCUUUAAUUUGUGAUUCAUGUGGAGAGUUUGAGCAGCCAGUCGAAGAGACGAGUGCCUCUGUGUGUUUUGCCUCCACUGCAAAGUAAGAAACAGAUUCGGGGAAGUAAAAUGAAUCACUGGACGCGCGCGGCAUCGCCACCACAAAAGGACAAUAAACAGGAAUGGUAUGGUCUUGUAUUCGAUUGUCUCAUUUUUUCGUCAUAUAAUUUUUACGUGUCUUAUCCAGUAUUUUGUCAUAUGUUUAUUGUCAGGCUGGUCAUUAUGCUGAGUUUUAAAAGCAAUUUUGAAGAGCGUGAUAGUUUAAAAAUAUUUCAUAAUACUGUAAGUCAUGUUGUCAAACGCCGUUCACUGUUAAUUAAGGGUAUCAUAACAGCGUUUUUAAAUUUUCGAGAAAUCGCAUAAAAAAACAAAAACAUGUAGUGUAACAUUUUUCAAUAUCGAUCGAAGAUUCAAUAAAUUCGCAUGAAUUCAAUUUCCCAUCAAACCGCAUAAACUAUUUAAAAAUGUCAUACAAUGACGUUAAUGGUUUUGGUGGAAAAUGCAUUUACAAUUUUAUUGAGAAAUGGGAUUAAGGUCAAUUAGUAUAACAUUAUUUCUGUGUCUGCUGGCAUCAUGACAUUACCGUGGUAUAAUGCUAUUACCAACGAGGAUUUUACCAACUGCUGUGGUAACGAGACGUCUGUAGUGCAAAUUACUGUGAGGCGAUGUUAUUUAUGGUGCAGGGUUUACUGCCUGAUGUAUGUGUACUGUAUCUGGUCAAAAUUUAAUGGACUGUCAGCCUUCCCUACUUCUGCCUUAUUAUUGGCAAGUGAAUAUAAUUUAUCGUGUUGUUUAGUUUUAUUGAAUAAUCACAAUAGGCAUCCGAACGAAUGCUUUUUAAUAUUAUUGAAAGGAAAAUGCAUCUAGAUAGUAACACACCAUGUCUAUCCUAUCGGUCCGUCCGUGAGAGUUUCCAUAAGUGAUGUUUUCAGAGAUAAUAAUGAAAGUAAAUUAAAGAGGAUUCCCUAUUUACUUAUUGAAAUGGUGAUACAAAUACGCAAAAUGGAAUAAUAACUUUCGAUUAAUAACCAGAUAAUAUAUUUCAAUUGAUCUUGAAAAUGUGAAUCCGAUUCGACUUUUUAAAUCUGAAUUUCAGACAUACGUUUACGUGUAAUUUGGCAUCUUUUUAAAAUCCUACGCAAUAUUAUUCACCAUCUUUACGCCAAGCACUACGGGUCUGUCUCCAUUGGUUGUUGAAUUCUUUAGUUUUUUCGUGUGAUAUUGGUUGUGUAAAUAUAUAUGCAUAAUAACAUGGGAAUGCUAUGAAAUCGGGUAUAAUAUUAUAAUUAAUUGUGAUGAAUUUGUUGUAUUUAGACUAUGAACUAAUGGGUAGUGAUGAUUUAAACAUUACAGAUUCCGUACUUUUAUGGAGAGGACCUCUGAACCUUGUGGGUUCGGAAGGGUGACUGCUUACGAAUAUUCUGCGAGUAUUUCAUUUCAGUAUUCAUAUUGCAUAUAUAGAGAAGACAGAAUUCCCCUUGCCUUAAUUAUGAUUUGUACAGCGCUCGUGAGGAAGUCCCUUGUUUAUUCCUUGCAGUUAACACCAUCUGCAAAGCAUGGCAUGUGGGGUUUCUGGCGGAUUUAUGAUUUGUUUUGAAUUUUAAUUUGUGCCCAACUUUAAGAAAUAUCGCAUAUCCCUUGCCGUCACUUUCCUCUGCGCUGUUGACGUGUGAUAUUGAACUGUUUUCUGACAGUAAAAACUGUCCCGCACACAUUCAAAUCUGCCAAAAUCCACCAGUUCAAACCCGGACCUCUCUGCUGCUUAAAGGUGAAUGAGGACAGCAGGCUGCUGGAAGUGUUAAAUAUAUGGCUAAUUAUGCGUAUGAAAAUUAAACAUCAGUGUUAUGCUAAUGGAGCUGCCUUCAGCUGGAUCGGGGCACUUGAGACUAGAAUUUAAUCAAAUGAAUCGUUUCCCAGGUCCUCUGGACUCAACCCCGGAGUAGCCAAUCCGAGCCACUCCUGGAAGGAGUGGACCAAUCAGCAGCAAUCCUUGAUGAAUAUUCAUGAUUACUCGAUUCAAACCUUUGAGGCGAGUUUGUGUGGAUCCACAGCAUCAUGCGUGGACUUUUCACAGAGACAAACUACAUUUUCUUAUGAAUGGAGAGUGAAAAAAACAGGUCGGCUUAAAUUGGGAUCCAUCCUUCACUGAGAUCAUAGAAGAAAACAAAAAGGAGGAGAAGAGAUCAACCAGAAGAGAUGACAAUGACUACAAUGCCAGAAAGUCUUAAUAGCCCUGUCUCAGGAAAGACCGUUUUUAUGGAAUUCGGGCCGCCAAGUCAACAAAUGUCGCCGUCGUCGAUGUCUCAUGGACAUUACUCUAUGCACUGUUUGCAUUCUUCUGGUCAUUCUCAACAGGAUAGUUCCUACGGCGCCGCUUCAUCCUUCCCUCGGUCUCUGGGUUAUCCUUACGUCAGUUCAGUCGGUAGCCAUUCUUCAAGUCCAUAUUUAAGUACAGUACAGUCUUACCAAAGCAACCCGACACUAUCGCAGACACGGCUAGAUGACACAGCGACAGAUACUGAAAAAAACACUGUUGUGGAAGGCGGAGAGGUACGGUUCAACGGCAAAGGCAAAAAGAUUCGAAAACCCAGGACGAUAUACUCCAGUUUGCAGCUGCAGGCUCUGAACAGACGCUUUCAACAAACACAAUACCUCGCAUUGCCAGAGAGAGCAGAACUCGCGGCUUCGCUUGGACUCACACAAACCCAGGUAAAGAUCUGGUUUCAGAACAAACGGUCAAAGUUCAAGAAACUGAUGAAGCAAGGAGGGGGCACGAUUGACACGAGCGCACUGGCCAAUGGUCGCGGACUUUCCGCUGGCUCUCCCUCCGUUGCGCCGGUUUGGAACAAUACGGCUACCGUAAAGACGUCGACGGGCACCCCAGGCGCCUAUAUUCCUAGCUACACCUCAUGGUACCCCACCGCACACCAGGAAGCUAUGCAGCAGCCACAACUCAUGUGAAGGCAAAACUCUUAACCCGCCCCGCCCACUUCACUGCCGUGGAUUGCCCAAAUCAGGGUAUCGAGGACCAGCUACCCAUCGCGGCCCUGCGUCCUGGCCUGUUGCGACCAGUCGUAGAUGUCAUCAGAGGAGAUUCCCAAAGCUCCCAACUGACCGACAGACUCCUCCGAGUACAGCCUGGUAACAGAAACUAAACAGGCUCCAUCUGCGCAGCACGGCAAGAAGAAUGUCUUAUUUGAACCCAGAACAGAAGCAGAAGGACACGAUAGUGAAAUAAACGUCUCUAAAAGCUGCUGUUUCCUAGUUUCCGCGACCUUUUAACAAGUGUAGUCGUUUUAAAACUGUAACGAAUUAAUCAAAGAGAACGAAUUUCUUCAUAGUAGCCUAACUCAGAAAAAUCAGAUCGACACCUUAUUUAAGACAGAUAAACAGCAACAUGGCUUCACACAAGAGCCAACAUCUUUGAUACUCGAUUUAGCCUGUUUGACACGUGAUGUCGUUUUAGAAAGUACUUAAAAAGGAUGAAUUCUUUUUCUGUGCAAUUGUCAAGGUCAAAACGCAGCAAGCAUAUAAUGGCCUGCUGUAGAAAGUCAAACAGACGAACACACGCGAUGUGUGUCUCUGAAUAUUGGUUGCAUAAUGUAUUUGUUUGCGUGUGUUUAUUUAAUUUAAGUUAUUUAAAUUUGAUGUCCAAAAUCUGUAUGUUUAAAUUAUUUAUUUUUAAAACGUGAAUAUGUUUUAAAGUAUAAACAAAGAGUAAAUAACAGAAAAUAAUUUACAUAAUAUUCAUUCUGCAUCAACUCAUAAAAAUAUUAAAAGUUGUUACAGCGGACAAGCCCCGAUACUUUAAAUAUUGAAACAUUUUCUAAUCUUGUUGAAAAGUUUUCUAGAUUUAAGGAACGUUUUGGAAACAUUAGUACUGUUACUAUUUGUGUCAGCGCAAAGGGAACGUGCAUUGAGCUGACUGGUGUAUAUAUACAUAAACAUAAAUACAAGGCAUAUUCAGCUUUUGUAUGUUUGUGGCUGUGUAUAUUCAAUGCUUUGUGAAAUAGGAUUUUACCUUUUAAUAUGAAUGUGUUCACUUAACAGUGUUUAGCGUUCUAUAUGGCAAAGUUUAGUUUUAUAUUGAUCACGUUAAUUUAUUGUUUUGUAUUACGAAAUUCUUUGUAUAUAGUGUGUAAAAUUUCAAAACAAUAAAAAUAUGACUGUACAAGGACAA